AUGCACGCCUCAAGCGCCCUCGUUUUCCCCGUCCUCGCUUUCGCGACUGCCGCCGCGGCCACCGGUGCCUGGGUCACUCCGCACGAUAGCUACUCGUCCUCGGUCGGCGUGCUCGGCUGCAAGAUCAACACGGAUCGCGUAGCCUACUGGCCCGGCUCUGUCGACUGCAACAACAUCUGCGUCAAGCUGACGUACGGCAGCCGUUCAGUCCACCUGCUGCGCAUCGACCAGUCGGGUGGCGCCUACGACAUCAGCUACGAUGCCUGGAACUACCUGCAGACGGGCAGCUCCGCCACGGCCGACCCCAUCGCGGGCGGGACCGUCGCCAUGGAUUACCAGGAGGUGGACGCGUCCGAGUGCGCCGACCUCAUCUACACCCCAGGCUCCAAGCUGCCGCUCAGCGCCGCCAACAGCAUGAACUUUGUCGCGAGCUGCCUCUCGCAGCCAAACAGCUGGGUUGCCAAGAACUACGUCCUGUACAACAUCUGCGACGCCAUCUGCACGCUGGGCUUCGACGAGACGUGUUCGCUCGACCUGGCGACCAGCAACCAGCCCAGCUGCCCCCACACGCUGGGGCUGACCAACACGCUGACCUCGGCGCCAGUCUACAACAUCCAGUACAUGACUGGCAAGACUGUGGUGGCAGGCACGGGCCAGGUUGACCGUGGUGGUGGUGGUGUUGGAGUAGCUGACAGUGGUGGUGUUGGCGGAUCUGACGCUAGUGGCGAUGCGAGCAGGAGUCUGUUGAUCGAGUGGCUGAACUUCAUGAUGGCAGGGUGA